UCAAUCCAACCGCAGAUAUUUCCGAUCUUUCCUUCCUUCACUUGCAAACCAAACCAAACCAAACCAAACAAAGCACCCGCUGGCCGGUGGCUGCCUCCUUUCCCGUGGGAUUUAAAAGCGCGUCUCGCCCGCUCGUCCACCCCACACCGUCAACUCCGCCCAGCCUCCGACCCGAGAGACCAGACGCGAGAGCUCCACCGACGACAACCACCCCGGCCCUCCCCAAGAUGCACAGGCAGCUCAACCUCUCGCCGGCGCCGAAGCAGCAGCAGCAGCACGACGACGGCGACGGCGGCGACGCCGUGGAGGCGGUCCCCCUCUGGGUGCCCGAGCAGUCCGCCGAGGCCAAGGCCGACAAGGCGCCCGGCGGCCGCCCGGAGAGGUCCAUCCACCUCAUCCCGCUGCUCACCUUCCUCUGCUUCCUCCUCCUCUUCCUCUGCUCCCACGCCCCUUCCUCCUCCGAUAUGUCGAGCUUCGGCGGCGGCGGCGGGCGGAAGGCUGGCAACCGGAGGCUGAUGCUGCUGCUAUAAGCUUCCCCUAUCAACUAGUAGUAUCACCUUAAAUUUCAAUCCAACAACACGAUGUAAUUUGCACUCAACUAUGCACCUGCGUACACUGUACUUGUGCGACAGCAGUAAUGAAAUCUCGAAUUGUAUGCU